AUGACUUCUUCGGUUCUAGUGGUGCUGCUGGUGGUGCUGGCACGGAUCCCAAAGCCCAUUAAAGCAGAUUCAAUAAAGGAAUCCGUUUCUCAAAGUGGCGAUUUCACAAAAGAAACUCCCAUCGAAUCAAGUCCUGCAAUUCUACCGAUUUUGUAUCAGGAUCUGCUCCUCGAUCGCCUGCAGGAUCAGUUGCGUCAGCUGUUCAUCGGCCUGCCCCUGGACAUAGCCUUCUCCACCCUCAACUAUAUAUGCAGCACGAUUGUCGAUCUGGGCGUGGUGAGGUCCAAAAUUGUUCCGGAUGUCUCGCGCAUGAGGUUUCUCCUUCGCACCGAGCUCGCGUGCCAGAACACCAGUAUUCCACUGACGCAGGCGGAGGAGCUGUGGGAUACUCCCGGAUUUUACCAGGAUAGACCCACGGUCCUGUUCAUCACCGGCUGGCGAACGAGCAUAAACGAUUCCAACAGCGGACCCGUGGCCAAGGCCUAUGGUUGUCGGAAUGAUACCAAUAUUCUGAUUCUAGAUGCCGCUGACUUUGUGGACACCCUGUAUACAUGGUCAGCCUUGAACACAGAGGUUAUUGGAGCCACUCUGGCCACGGCACUCCUACGGCUGAAUGCGACCUAUGUCACGAACCACUUCCAUUUGGUGGGUCACAGUCUGGGCGCCCAGAUAGCAGGAUCGGCGGGCAGGAACUAUCGGCAAAUGUCGGGGGGCCUAAUCCUGAAGAGAAUUACUGGACUGGAUCCGGCCAAUCCCUGUUUCUACGACGGCAACGAUUUGGAGGGUCUGCGGAGUGGGGAUGCCCGAUUCGUGGACAUUAUCCACUCGAAUCCCGGCAUGCUGGGAACCUCGAAACGCUCCGGUGAUGCGGACUUCUUUGUCCAGGGACGGGUUCCCUUCAAGGAGGGCUGUGAGGGCCUCACCACCAUUAGCUGUUCGCACCAGAGAGCCGUGGACUACUGGACGGAAACGGUUUAUCCCUCGAAUGCGAACGACUUUCUGGGCAGGCGAUGUGAUCGCUAUUCGGAACUCCUGCUUGGCAGUUUUUGCCGGGAUACGAGGACCGUGAUGGGUUAUGCCGCCAAGCCCACGGAACUGGGCCUGUUCUACGUGGGCGCCAAUCGAGCGGAGCCCUAUGGCCAGAAUGCCAAUUCGCAGACCUACACCUACUCAACCACCGAAUGCGGAUCUUGCGAGUAA